AUGGAAAAACCCACUUUACAAUUGAACUCUGAUGAUUCACAGCUCCCAUCAAAUUCCUUGGCUAUGUCAAACCCAGAAAAAACUCUUUUGCAAUCAAACUCUAAUGAUUCUACUACUAACAUUAGCCACCUGCUAUUUGCAAUUCUUGGUUCUGAGGGAGCAUGGCAUCACAGGAAGGGCUAUGGAGAAGCAUGGUGGAGACCGAAUGUAACACGAGGGUAUCUCUAUCUUGAUACAGCUCCAGAAGGAGAUCUUUUGCCUUGGUCUUCAGCUUCACCUCCUUACAGGGUCUCAGAGAAUAUAGAGAAACUCAUAAAAGAGAUCGCUCCAGCUGUGCCUCCUAUUAUUCGUUUGGUACAUACAAUUCUUGAAGCGUUUAAGGAGGGGGAUAAAGAAGGGUUCAGAUGGCUCGUUAUGGGGGAUGAUGAUACUGUAUUUUUUGUUGAUAAUUUGGUUGAUGUUCUUGCAAAGUAUGACCAUACAGAUUACUACUACAUUGGCUGCCAAUCCGAUUAUGUUAAGUCGAAUUUUUGGUUCUCAUUUAACAUGGGAUUUGGUGGAGCAGGAAUCGCGUUAAGUUAUCCUUUAGCAAAAGCUUUAGCAAAGGACAUGAAUGGUUGUCUGAGAAGAUAUGCACAUAUGAAUACUUUUGAUAUAAUUGCCAUGUAUUGUAUAUCUGAUCUUGGAGUAAAUCUAUCUCCCCAGAAAGGUCUUCAUCAGGUAGAUAUGAAUGGCGACAUUUCUGGUUUCCUAUCAGCUCACCCCAAGACACCCUUGUUGUCCCUCCACCAUUUUGAUGAAGUAGAGCCAAUUUUCCCUGGCAUGGAUCGUGCAGAAGCCAUUCGCCACUUGAUGAAAGCAGGAAAUAUUGACCAGUCACGUUUGUUGCAGCAAACUAUCUGCUUCCAUAGGAAACAUAGAUGGACAGUUUCCAUUUCAUGGGGCUACUCAGUCAAUCUGUACGAGAGAAUAAUACCUAGGAGUUGGCUACAAAUCGCUAUUGAAACCUUUCAAAAGUGGGUAGCUCCAAAUGAAAAUCCACCACAUUUUAUGUUCAACACUCGAUUCACCGAGAAUGAUCCCUGUGAAACUCCCCAUGUUUUCUUCUUUGAAUCGAUGGAAAAAAUGCCAGGAAAUGUGAUUCUUACAAGCUAUUAUCGAUCAAGGCCAAGAGAGUUACCACCAUGUUUUGCCAGUCUCCCUGCUGAUUAUGUGUCCCAUGUACAUGUUUACUCUCCGGCAACAAAGCGCAGACAAAGCACUAGAUGUGAAUGCUGUGACGUUUCUUAUACGGAUGGGGCCAAAAAUGCUGUCGUCAAAUUUAGAGAAUGCAAGAAGGAUGAGAUCAUUGCGAUUGACGGACGGGGUGAGUCUAGUGAUAGCCCUCCGGGCGAGCGACCUCGUGGAGCACUCCCAGUGAUCCUAUACCAGAUUCGGCCAAGAGGGGCCGUUGUGUGUUGGAGCCCGGCUAACCGCCUCCGACGUUGCGAGUGUCGACACAAGUACGCUUACCCUAACGCUCUAGUGUUGGCCGUGGCCGAGGAGCGUAAGGAGUUGGCCGAAGAUAAGGCUAGGCUUGAGGCCGAGAUGAACCAGCUUAGGGCGGCCAAUGAGAAACAGGCUGAGCGCAUAAAGGGGCUGGAGUACGACGUGCUUAAGGUAGAGGAUAGGGUUGAUGACCGCUGCACUCAACUUAGGGAGACACGUGAGCGCGAGUCUAAGCGAGCUCGAAAGGUUAAGGUUCGAGCCGCAUCGAUCCUAAACCUCUGCGCCGACGUGAUCGAGGGCGUGAGUGACGAGGACUCAUGUGCGGGACCCGAGGCUAGGGUUGGAUCCACCCCGUCGGGUGGGUCUACUAGCCCAUCGACGGACUAG